AUGGAUCUUGGGUGGUGUGAUUUACCGUCACAGGAGAUGGACAGGAACUCUCUCUGCUGUAUGCUUAUUGUCUGUCAAUUUCGCUUCCCAGGAUCUUCCCUCGAAGCGCGAGGCGAUGCCGCCAAGGAAGCGGGGGAAAAAGGGGCUGCUGCCACCACAACCAAGCAGCAGCAACCGCCACCACCAGGGCCGCCUGGCCCCGACGCGCCUGUGCAGGAGAAGCUGCGGUGGCUCACUGACCAAGAGAUUGAACGUCGGAAAGCUGCCAUCAGAGCUAUUCAAGCAGCAGAGGUUGAGAGCGUACUUUCUCGGCUGCACUUGGUGCGAACCUACAUUUCCAAGGAGCAAGAAGAAGCGUGUGCCUUGCACUAUUUUCAGGAGAACUUGCCCAAUGUAUCAGUUGUCCCGAAUGAAAAGCAGGAUGAGCUUGAGUUGAAGUGGAAAGAGUGGGAUAAUCACAUGUAUGGAGACCACAGGGAUGACAAGGUUUCACGAGCUUCGAUCACGUCAUUGGCAACUGCUGCUGGUUUCCAUUUCUCGGCAGAUUCAGUGCAGAAGAACUUCAUCGAGAGCACCUUAGAUUUUAACAACUUUACAUGGAGUGAGCUACCCGAAGGCGAAAUGACAGGAGCAGGGGAUUCUCUACAGACACCUGGGGCUACGAGUAGCCGACUGUCUUUUGGCAUGACACCGAAAACUGUAAGAGUACCCAAGAACGGGGAGAUGCUCUUAUCUGUGCACGGGUCACCUCUUGGAGUGUACAAAGAAGAAAAUCUGGCACCCAUUACUGAAUCUGGAAAUGGAAGUGAAGAGCCGCCUCGUGAUGCCACAGGCCCUCUACAGUAGCAGCAGCAGAGGGGAAGCUGGGAGAUACUAAUCAGAACUUCAACCACUAAUUCAGACUGUUCGUAGCAUCUCAACCCUUAGAGCGUGACGAGGUUCGGUGUGUGUGGAUUAGGUAUCCUUUUGUGUAGUUUGAUGAAGCUUGUUGUAGGACGCCGGUUUCAGUCAGCUGAGAUCGUUUGUCAGGUGCCUUGGCACAGUGUUGUCUGUUGUUAACUUCGCCACCAGGAAGAUUAGCUGAAUCUUUGGUGCGGCCUUGGUGAUUUACCCAGUUAUUAAGACUUGUGUAAUGAGAUGAGAUGGGCAAGGUAAUACUGUCGAUGCUGUAAA